ACCCCCCGAGCGGUGACAUCGCUGCCGGGGACGCGUCGCCGGAGGAUGGGGACCCGCUCGGGGGACCGGGCUCAGCCCCAGGGCAGAGCCCAGCCCUGUUCCCAUGGGACACCCAGGCCCACACUGACCCAGCCCCCACCUCACCCUCACUGCCAGAAUGGGAACUUGGCUCAGGCUCCUGCUGGCUCCUCACAGACCCCCGGGAAGGAGCUGCCUGCGGCGGGCAGGCAGGACCCGAGGGUGGGCACCAGGCCCCCCCGGCCGGAGGUGGACAUGCUCUACAAGAUUGAGGACGUGCCUCCCUGGUAUCUCUGCAUCCUGCUCGGCUUCCAGCACUACCUGACCUGCUUCAGCGGCACCAUCGCCGUCCCGUUCCUGCUGGCCGAGAGCAUGUGCGUGGGCAAGGACCAGCUCACCGUCAGCUACCUCAUCGGCACCAUCUUCACCUGUGUGGGCAUCACCACCCUCAUCCAGACCACCGUGGGCAUCAGGCUGCCCCUCUUCCAGGCGAGCGCUCUGGCCUUCCUCGUCCCUGCCAAGUCCAUCCUGGCCCUGGAGAAGUGGCGAUGCCCUCCUGAAGAGCAGAUCUACGGCAACUGGUCACUGCCGCUCAACACCUCCCACAUCUGGCAGCCCCGCAUGCGAGAGAUCCAGGGGGCCAUCAUGGUGUCCAGCCUGGUGGAGGUGGUCAUCGGGCUGCUGGGGCUCCCCGGGGCGCUGCUCAGCUACAUCGGGCCGCUGACCGUCACCCCCACCGUGUCCCUCAUCGGACUGUCCGUGUUCCAGGCGGCCGGCGAGCGCGCCGGCUCCCACUGGGGCAUCGCUGUGAUGACCAUCCUGCUGAUCGUGCUGUUUGCCCAGUACCUGCGGCAGGUUGCCAUCUGCCUGCCCGGCUACCGCCGGGGCCACGGCUUCGUCCUGUUUCGCUUCCAGAUCUUCAAGAUGUUCCCGAUCAUCCUGGCCAUCAUGGUGGUGUGGCUGUUCUGUUACGUGCUGACCCGCACCGGUGUCUUCCCCAGCCAGCCCGAGGAAUAUGGGUACAAGGCCAGGACAGACGCCCGGGGGGAGAUCCUGUCCGUGGCCCCCUGGUUCCGGGUUCCCUACCCCUGCCAGUGGGGUCUGCCCACAGUGACGUCGGCGGCCGUGCUGGGCAUGUUCAGUGCCACACUGGCGGGUAUCAUCGAGUCCAUCGGGGACUACUACUCCUGUGCCCGGCUGGCAGGGGCCCCCCCGCCCCCCGUGCAUGCCAUUAACAGGGGCAUUUUCACCGAGGGCAUCUCCUGCAUCAUCGCGGGGCUGCUGGGAACCGGCAACGGCUCCACCUCCUCCAGCCCCAACAUCGGCGUCCUGGGCAUCACCAAGAUUGGGAGCAGGAGGGUGAUCCAGUAUGGGGCCGGGAUUAUGCUCGUGUUGGGGACGGUCGGCAAGUUCACGGCGCUCUUCGCCUCCCUGCCCGACCCCGUCCUCGGCGGGAUGUUCUGCACCUUAUUCGGAAUGAUCACGGCCGUCGGCCUCUCCAACCUGCAGUUCGUCGACAUGAAUUCAUCCCGAAACCUCUUCGUGCUGGGCUUUGCCAUGUUUUUCGGGCUCACGCUGCCAAACUACCUGGAUUCUAACCCCGGGGCCAUUAACACAGGUGUCCCCGAGCUGGACCAGAUCCUGACGGUGCUGCUCACCACGGAGAUGUUCGUCGGGGGGACCAUCGCCUUCGUCCUGGACAACACCAUCCCGGGGACGCAGGAGGAGCGAGGGCUGGUGCAGUGGAAGGCGGGAGCGCACUCGGACAGCACGGCCAGCGCCAGCCUCCGGAGCUACGACUUCCCGUUCGGGAUGGGCGCGGUGCGCAGGGUGCGGUGGCUCCGGCGCGUGCCCGUGUGCCCGCUGUUCACGGGGUUCAAGGCCCGGGACCGCGGCGGCGGCGCGCCCGUGGAUGGGCAGGACGGCACGGACGGGGUGUCGGUGUGCACCAAGGUCUGAGCGAGGGCAGGGCUCCUGCCCGGCGCUGGAGAGGCCAAGCCGAGCUCCCAGAGAGGCUCUUGGGGUCCAUCAGCACCCGCCAAGGCCAAAGCCAAGGCUCCUGGUGCUCGGCUCGGACACAGGGAUAGGGAAACGCAACGCUGCUCCUGGGGGACACCUCGAGCUCCGGGGGCACCAGCCUGGGAACUGCCACCCCCGUGCCUUGCUCCACCCCAACCUUCAGCCGGCUGAGGCUCAUCCAGCGCUUGCUGAAGCCUGUCUGCCACCAUUGGAGCCAGCCAGAGCCCCGGGGCCACCAACUCCCACCCAGGGCCAUGGAUUUCCAUGCUGUGCCUCAGCCCUGGCAGGGUGACCCAGCACUGGUGCGGGCUUAGUGUGGGGCAGUGUCCAGACCAGCCUCAGGAAGCCUAAUUUAAGAUUAUACAUUAAAAGUAAUAAAAUAUUCAAGCACACAA